CCGACAGGAGGGGGCACGCGGCCGAAACAGGGGAGCGGGGUCCGGGUGGCACCGGCACGCACUGCGCGAGGGCCGGGUGCGCAGCCAUUCGCUGCACGGUUAGCGGCCGCUCCCAGGGGCCCGGCGGGACACACAGUAGGUGGCUCGGAGACCACUGCGUAGCCGGCGGCGGAAGCGGCUGGGCCCGGAGGCGGAGACCCAGACCCGCCAGACUCGGGCGCUCCAGGCGGUCGGGGAAGCCCAGGCUCGGGGUCUCCCGGCCCGCAGAGCUUGCAGCCCUAGGCGCCCCCAUCCCCGCGCGUCCGGGCCCGGGGAGCGCGCGAGGGGACAGGCCGGGGAUAGGGGGAGGCGCCCAGACCAGCCGCCCCCGCCCCUCCCGCGGGUCCCCAGACCCCUCCCCUAGCCCAGACCCUCAAUCCCGAACCCGUCGGCCGCCCCGCCCCGGCCGCCCCGCCCCCGCCCCGGGCUGCAUCCAGGCCCCAGUUCCCAGCCGGGGGCUGCGGGCUCCCGCCGCCCGCCCCGCGCUCCCCCCUCGCGCCCGGUGCGGCGCCCCCCGCCCCCACCCCUCCCCGCCCUCCCACCUCCCCACCCACCCCGCCAGCCCGUGACCCUCCCGCCCGCUCCGGCUCCCGAGCAGCCAGCGGCCACCGGCUCCGGCAGCGGCGCACAGCGAUUCGGUGCGGCGCGGCGAGCACGACGUUCCACGGGACCCGCGGAGCCGCGUCGUAAUCGCCACCGGCCUCCCGCACCCGCACCCUCUCCGCUCGCGCCCUGCUCAGCGCGUCCUCCCGCGGCGGCCCGCGGGACGGCGUGACCCGCCGGGCUCUCGGUGCCCCGGGGCCGCGCGCCAUGGGCAGCCCCCGCUCCGCGCUGAGCUGCCUGCUGUUGCACUUGCUGGUCCUCUGCCUCCAAGCCCAGGAAGGCCCGGGCAGGGGCCCUGCGCUGGGCAGGGAGCUCGCUUCCCUGUUCCGGGCUGGCCGGGAGCCCCAGGGUGUCUCCCAACAGGUAACUGUUCAGUCCUCACCUAAUUUUACACAGCAUGUGAGGGAGCAGAGCCUGGUGACGGAUCAGCUCAGCCGCCGCCUCAUCCGGACCUACCAACUCUACAGCCGCACCAGCGGGAAGCACGUGCAGGUCCUGGCCAACAAGCGCAUCAACGCCAUGGCAGAGGACGGCGACCCCUUCGCAAAGCUCAUCGUGGAGACGGACACCUUUGGAAGCAGAGUUCGAGUCCGAGGAGCCGAGACGGGCCUCUACAUCUGCAUGAACAAGAAGGGGAAGCUGAUCGCCAAGAGCAACGGCAAAGGCAAGGACUGCGUCUUCACGGAGAUUGUGCUGGAGAACAACUACACAGCGCUGCAGAAUGCCAAGUACGAGGGCUGGUACAUGGCCUUCACCCGCAAGGGCCGGCCCCGCAAGGGCUCCAAGACGCGGCAGCACCAGCGUGAGGUCCACUUCAUGAAGCGGCUGCCCCGGGGCCACCACACCACCGAGCAGAGCCUGCGCUUCGAGUUCCUCAACUACCCGCCCUUCACGCGCAGCCUGCGCGGCAGCCAGAGGACUUGGGCCCCCGAGCCCCGAUAGGUGCUGCCUGGCCCUCCCCACAAUGCCAGACCGCAGAGAGGCUCAUCCUGUAGGGCACCCAAAACUCAAGCAAGAUGAGCUGUGCGCUGUUCUGCAGGCUGGGGAGGUGCUGGGGGAGCCCUGGAUUCCGGUUGUUGAUAUUGUUUGCUGUUGGGUUUUUGCUGUUUUUUUUUUUUUUUUUUUUAAACAAAAGAGAGGCUCUAUUUUUGUAUUCCACUUGGCUGUGGUGUCUGUCUUCUUAACUCUCAGAAAGCUCCAUUAGUGGCCUAGACUGGGAUUCCGGCUGGGGGUUUGCGGGGGUGGGGGGCUUUCUCUAGCCUGUGCUGCUGAGGCCCCAGUACCUCCAGGGCCAGUUGGCUGGGCAGCCAGGGACUCUGCUGCACCCCCAGGUGGGGCAGGGAGGAAAGGACUGUGACAUAGGGCAGUCCUCUUAGAAGUGGGUAUCAGACUGGUGGCUAUUAAAUGAUUGAAAUAUUUAUUUAACUUGCAUAUUAAAAAUGUGUGCUGGAGAGUGAGUCCUGCCGGGGUCAGCCCCUCCCUCCAACCUUGCCCCAGCU